GCAAAGAGGAGGGGCCCUGUAGGGCAUAUUUCCGGGAUUCGCCGCAGCGACCGAAUUGCAGUUCUGCGUCCUCCCGGCUACAGUGGACUUCCGAGCCAAGCUCCCCGGAAGUUCCGAUCCAAGCCGAAGGGCCUCGCGGGGGCCGCCGGAACCUGUAGUCCGGCACGCGGGGGCCGCUGGGAGCUGUGUGCGUCCGGCCUGGCCAGUCACCGCGCGGUGUUGCCCGCCUCGCGGUCGGAACCCACAGCCGCCGCCCAGGGGGAUGCGGGAACCCCUGGUUUCGGGGAGCAGAGAGGCAGGAGGGGUGAGGGGCGUUGCCAGGCAACGGGCGAGCGCCGCGGUUGGGCAGGAGCCGAGGACGGCAUGUCCCAGGCCCCAGGAGCACAGCCGAGCCGGCCCUCCGUUUAUCACGAACGGCAACGCCUGGAGCUGUGUGCCGUCCACGCCCUUAACAACGUCCUGCAGCAGCAGCUCUUUAGCCAGGAGGCUGCCGAUGAGAUCUGCAAGAGGUUGGCCCCAGACUCCCGGCUGAAUCCCCAUCGCAGCCUCCUCGGCACCGGCAACUAUGAUGUCAACGUGAUCAUGGCAGCCCUGCAGGGGCUGGGCCUGGCCACCGUGUGGUGGGACAGAAGGAGGCCCCUGUCCCAGCUGGCCCUGUCCCAGGUACUGGGACUGAUCCUGAACCUGCCCUCACCCAUGUCCCUGGGGCUGCUGUCCCUGCCACUGCGCCGGCGGCACUGGGUGGCCCUCCGCCAGGUGGAUGGCGUCUACUACAACCUGGACUCCAAGCUGCGGGCGCCCGAGGCCCUAGGGGACGAGGAUGGUGUCAGGGCCUUCCUGGCAGCUGCCCUGGCCCAGGGCCUGUGUGAGGUGCUGCUGGUGGUGACCAAGGAGGUGGAAGAGAAGGGCUGCUGGCUGCGGACGGUCUGACCCAGCAGAGGCAAGAAGUGGGCCACCUGUCGUGCAGUCUCUACGCGUCCAGAUCUGGCCCCUGCGUGCUGGGAAAGGGCUAGGCCCGCACCUCAUGGACCCCGUGGAGGCCCCAGCCCCCUUCCAAACCCCCUGCUCCCUGAUGCCACUGCUGCCUCAAUAAAUCUGCUCAUUUGCUACCG